AUGGCUGUCCAAGCCAACUGGCAGCUGGGUGGGUGCAGGGUGGAGGCUGCUGCAGGACGUGGGUCUGCUGGCAGAGCACGGGCCCUGGGCUCCCCUGGCAUCUGCUACCUGGGCAUCGCUGCCAUCACAUGGGGUGUGGUGUCACGGGUGGAGGUGGGUGCCUGGACGUACCAUUACAGUGACCAAGGGGACUACACGUGGCAGGAGGCCAGGAACUACUGCCAGUCCUUCUUCACCGACCUGGUGGCCAUCCAGAACAAGCAGGAGAUCGAAUACCUCAACCAGAGCCUGCCCUUCCACGGGCGCUACUACUGGAUCGGCAUCCGCAAGCUGGGCGGCACUUGGACCUGGGUGGGCACCAGGAAAGCCCUGACGAAGGAGGCGGAGAACUGGGCGGCCGGGGAGCCCAACAACCGCCGCUCCAACCAGGACUGCGUGGAGAUCUACAUCAAGCGCCCGCGGGAGUCGGGCAAGUGGAACGACGAGCCCUGCAGCCGGCGGAAGAAGGCUCUCUGCUACCAGGCCUCCUGCCAGCCCUUGCCGUGCAGCCAGCGUGGUGAGUGUGUGGAGACCAUCGGGAGCUACCGCUGCGAGUGCUACCCUGGCUUCCGUGGCCCCGAGUGCCAGGAGGCUGUGCAGUGCACCAAGCUCCAGCCCGAGGGAGCGCUCAUGAACUGCAGCCAUCCCUAUGGAGACUUCAGCUUCAACUCCACCUGCCGGUUCCGCUGCCAGGAGGGGUUCGAGCAGCAAGGGGCAGGCACGCUGCGGUGCCUGGCUUCCCAGCAGUGGUCUGCAGACGCCCCCACAUGCACAGCUGUCACCUGCCCAGUCCUCAGUGCUCCAGACAGGGGGAAGCUGAACUGCUCUCACCUCCAUGGGGACUUCACCUUUGGCUCCACAUGUGCCUUCUCCUGCCAGACAGGGUUUGUGCUGCUGGGCUCAGAGCGCCGUGAGUGCACAGCCACAGGGACCUGGACUGGGGCUGCCCCACGCUGUGAAGCCAUCACCUGCCCAGUGCUCAGAGCUCCCUACCAGGGAGAGCUGAACUGUUCCCACCUCCACGAGGAUUUUGCCUUUGGCUCAGCUUGUGACUUCUCCUGCCAGAGGGGAUUUGCCCUGAAGGGGCCAGAAAGCCUUGAGUGCACAGCCACAGGGACCUGGACAGGGGAUGCCCCACACUGUGAAGCCAUUGCCUGCCCAGUGCUCAGUGCUCCAGAGCAGGGGGAGCUGAGCUGCUCUCACCUCCAUGGGAACUUCACCUUUGGCUCCAUGUGUGCCUUCUCCUGCCAGAUGGGGUUUGUGCUGAUGGGGUCAGAGAGCCUUGAGUGCAUGGCCACAGGGACCUGGACAGGGGAUGCUCCACACUGUGAAGCCAUCACCUGCCCAGUGCUCAGUGCUCCAGAGCAGGGGGAGCUGAGCUGCUCUCACCUCCAUGGGAACUUCACCUUUGGCUCCAUGUGUGCCUUCUCCUGCCAGAUGGGGUUUGCACUGCGGGGCCCAGAGCGCCGUGAGUGCAGAGCCACGGGGACCUGGACUGGGGCUGCCCCACGCUGUGAAGCUAUCAACUGCCCAGUGCUCAGUGCUCCAGACCAGGGAGAGCUGAACUGCUCCCACCCCCAUGGGGACUUCACCUUUGGCUCCAUGUGUGUCUUCUCCUGCCAGAUGGGGUUUGCCUUAAAGGGGCCAGAAAGCCUUGAGUGCACAGCCACAGGAACCUGGACUGGGGAUGCCCCACACUGUGAAGCCAUUGCCUGCCCAGUGCUCAGUGCUCCAGACCAGGGAGAGCUGAACUGCUCCCACCCCCAUGGGGACUUUGCCUUUGGCUCCACGUGUGCCUUCUCCUGCUGGACAGGAUUUGCCCUGAAGGGGCCAGACAGCAGAGAAUGCACAGCUACAGGCAGCUGGACUGGGGAUGCCCCACACUGUGAAGCCAUCAAAUGCUCUGCCCUGGCCACACCUGUGAUGGGUCAGGCUGCCUGCUCCCACCUCUAUGGGGACUUCACCUUUGGCUCUACCUGUGCCUUCUCCUGCCAGACAGGGUUUGUGCUGGUGGGGCCAGAGAGCCUCAAGUGCAUGGCCACUGGGACCUGGACUGGUGCUGUGCCACGGUGUGCAGCCAUCAGCUGCCCAGUGCUGGACCCCCCCAGCAGAGGCCAGCUGAGCUGCUCUCACCUGCAUGGCAACUUCACCUACAACUCCACCUGCACCUUCUCCUGCGAGGAGGGCUCGGUGCGGAUGGGAGCAGAGCUGCUGUGCUGUGCAGCCACGGGGAACUGGACCGGGCAGCGCCCUGUCUGUGCAGAGGAUGGUGUACCCUUCUUGAAGCAAGUCCUGGCUUACAGCAGUGGCACAGCCCUGGCAGUAGCUGGCAUCGUGCUCUCGGGCACCCUCAUCGCCCUCCUUGCCAAGAGGCUCAGUGAGAGAGAGGAGAAGAAGAAGCUCCUGAGUCCUACCAGUGACCUAGGAUCACCAGGCAUCUUCACCAACGCAGCCUACGAUGCCAACCUGUAAGGUGAGCACUG